AUGAUAACACGAAGUACAGCAAUUAAGUUUGUCGCUUAAUUUUUAAGCUUCCUCUGCUUGUUUUUCAGUAACUGUUUAACCUAUCAGAGGACUUGAAUUUUAUCUUGUCUUUUUUACGUCUUUUCGUCCUAAUCUCCUGUAGUCUUAUUUACCUAGCAUGCAUGGUGGGCUCUGGCUAUAAUUUGAGCACUUUGUUUUUAUUUGAUUUGGCUUCAAUUAUUUGCUUUUUACUUUCAACAGAAAUUCACUUUUGAAACAUAGUCCUUUCACCUCAGUUACUGAUUGGGAAAAUAACCAUGGGUUGAAUCAAGAUUCAAGCUUCCCAGCCUUAGUUUUAGGAAACACGCUUUCCAAUUCUCAUAUCCCGAAGAUUUAACCCCAUCCUUUUUUAUAGCUUUUAAUUUUUUAUUCACCUAUGGACUGCUAGAAUGGCAGCAAAAUUGAGUGUAUGGACGUUUGCUCAGAUUUUGUAUCUCCAAUAGAACAGCACUGGAAUGAAGCGUCAGCUCUCAGAGAUUCUAGAACAAGGCAACUGUUGGCUCAAACCGUUUCACCUUACUAUGGAUUCGACAGUGGAACUGCUUCCAACGUUCUGCUUCGGCGCCAUAGAAACCGAGUCAACGCCGAGCGACUCUCAUCCAGAAAUAGUUCCAGACCGUCUUCCGAUUUUUUCGAAUCUUCAAGGUCCCGAAGUAGAAGUCGCAAUGAUAGUUCCUCAAUAUCCAACGAUGUUUUCAUCGCAGGGUCACGUGAUGAGAACAGAGGAGCUUCAGGGACACCCGUUUGUGUGGCUCCACCCGACAUUCUUCCCAUUUACGAACAAAAACAGCUGUUUGCAGCAGCUGCCAUCAAUUCAAGAACCACGUCAUCAUCAAGACCAACCAACAUAAGUCCUUCCCUGCAUCCGAGCACGAGUAAUAACCUAACUUUGACUAACCGGCAACGAAAUCCGAACCUGCAUGAACUAACGCGUUUGAAAGCCACAAAUGCACAGAGAACAACAGUAUCUACGAACAUCAGUUAUAAUGUCAAUCAAGUUUCUGGUGGAGAUCUUACUGCCGGAACCAGUGCGUCGAGUAUUAACUCGCUUUUGAGCACAGCUGAAAAAUCGCCAGGCUUUACGCGUCGCGACAGCGACAAACCUGUGCGAAGAAUCGAAUGCAAACCAAAUCAAGCAGAAUUCUCAGGGCUUAAAUCUAGAGGCUUGAAGCCUAUUGUGCACCGGACUACGCCAAUAGUCGCACGGAAAAAUGUACCUUUUGACGGCAGAGUUAAUCAACAGAAAAUUUCUCUCAGAUCUCACCUAUCGAACACUGCUUCUAGCGGUCAGCGAUCAAGUCCAAGGGAAAUCCUCGAACAGAGAGUUACCAGCAGUGGAUACAAUUUCAGGGCCGUAGUAGGUGCUAAGCCAUACCCUGUCAUAUUUGAUUCGGACACGGCAUCAACUAUUUCGGACGAAUUCUUUGUACCAUUCAAGAUAGGAAAUGUGUUUGCGCAACAAAAUCGGCCCCAAACUACAACCAAGCGAUUUAUCAGAAGCCAGGACGUAGUAAUUGGAGCUUUGAGUAACGAAUGUAGCUUGGAGUUUAGAAUUCCGAAGUUUUACUCGAAGGAGAUUGCCGACUGGUCAAUAUCUGCGUCUUAUCAGCAGAACAGAAAGUGUUGCGAGUUUACCAGAAAGACCAGGAAUGUGGGACGAGUAAUCAAUUUUGCUUCAGAGAGAAUCCUCGAGGGCGUGAAGCACGAAGACCUGGAUUCAAUUCUGAUUUCUCCGAGAAAACUUUAUGCAAAUAUUAUCGCUGGUGAACAAGCAAGUGACCUGAAAUCAAGGAUCUCAUUUUCAUGUGUUAAACAAGAGCAACUGAAUGUGCGAGAACCUCGCAGAAUAAAAGAGACAAACUUAGACUUCAGUUCCGAAACAAAAGACGAUGUUGUUCCGCCAGAACUGAGCUCUGGGGACAUCUUUGUGAGUGAUCAAGACAUCAAAGACAACAAAAUUAGGUGUCAGUUGGCAAAAAUUGUCUCGAGCUCAGAAGAGGGUGUGAACAGAAGUGAUAGUGACGAUGUUUUAUUCAACUGCAAAGACCAAGACUUCAACGGCGUCCUUGUGAUGCAACUUUUCAACUUGAUCGGAAGACUCACGGAAGAGAUGAAGCAACUAGAGACUGACUGUGUCGAAAUGAGGGCAGAAUUGACAGAGCUGAAAUUGAAGUCAAACCAGGCUUCUCCUGUUUGCCAACGUUGUGUUUCAGCGAAAAUAGAGGCUAAUAUUGACUCUCAAACUAUCGAUCAUCAGUCGUCAGAGCAAAACAGAGCCAAAGGUCGACCAUCAGGAGACCACUGUAGUGUUCCUUAUAUUCCUCUGGACAUAAUGCGAGAAGUGCAGAUACCUAUUGCCUUGACCAGAACUGCAGUGAAAGAGAAACGGAAAAAAACAAUUCGAGAAAAAGUGUUUGGACUUGGCCGAGUGACACGUUCGAAACGAAGCGGUAGCCUCAGUCUGUACAACAAGUCUCGCUCUUCCUUUGAUGGAGACGAAUGCAACGACUUCUCAAUUGGCUUGCGACCGUCGCAAGCAGAAACUGCUGAACCUAUAUACGACAUACCUCCAUUCGAACACGACGAAGGGUUCAAAACGGAAUUCGCAAAGCAACUGCGAUCUCGAGACUUGAAUGCUCGAAGUUCCGUAGAAGGAAGACUAGAAAGGGACGAUCAAAUUGGACUGAAGCGUGAAGAAAUUAAGCGGAUUCAGUCUGAGGGACGAAGGUUAUGGCAGGAGUGUAGUCGCCUCAGAGAGGGACGAUUUGAUGGAAAAAGUGGACAAUUUGAAGGUGGUGUCAAUGCUACCAAAAGUUCACAAGAGAAGAGCGAUUGUAUGUUGGAACGGGAAACGAUGUCUGGCCUUAGCCAGCAGGGUAUGGAGUUUGAAAGUAGCAAGAAAAAUUUUCUUGAUUGGAGCAAAAGAAUGGAGAAAAGUGAAGCGUUACUUCUUGACGAUGACGUCGAUGGACCGCCUCCUCCACCGCCGGUGCGAUUCCUGACUCCGCCUCCGAGGAGAGCGACGAAACCACCUGGCAAUUUAAAUGUCCAAAGCACUGAAGUAGGGAGCAGAGAUGCGUAUGAUAAUUGGAUGGAAUUCAAGAGUACUAAAGCACCAAGACUCAGCCCAGAAAGCGGCUUGGACCUGAAAGUGAGGUUCGAUUCAAAUAUACGUGAGAAGACCUAUUUUAAGGACGAAAAACCGAAACUGAGUGCAAAUAAACCUGGAUCUAAACUCAAAUUAAGAAUGCAUAAGCGACUGAGGUAUGCAGCUUCGUCCCUGGCGAACAAAGUGAAGCGAAGUAGCAGAGGAACACGUCUGUUGUCCACAGAAUCUGGCGAGUACGAAGACCUCGAUUUCUUGGACGAAAAGGUUAGUCGGCUAGCUGAGCAAAGCAACCAACUCUGUCGCAACUUGACUUUCGAGGCACAGUCAGGGCUCCGAUUCCAGACAUCAGCAGAUUUGCAGGAAGAUUUGGAUGUGCCAUUGAGAUCCGCAGCCGAUGAUGAUCCGGUAAGGUCAUAUGGAACAGGAACCAAAAGCACGGAAAAUGGAUCACCAACUAAUGCUCUGUAUAUUGAUCUAUCAAAAUAUGGAGUUGCGCCUGAAAAUGAAGCAGAAGUUGAAAUGGAAUUACUUGAAGGUGAACAAACUGAAGAUGAUGAAUUGGAAGAAGAGGGAAAAGAAAACAUUCCAUUUCAAGAAAUAACAGAUCAUAAAAAAGGUACAACGAAACUGGUAUGACGCUGAUGGGAACGUAAGAUGAAGAAAAGCUAGAAAUGCAGGAAAGAAGCUAGAGUUGCUGAGUCAUUGGUGUAUUAACCUAGUUCUAACUCUGUAAACCACUAACUUCUUGUAUCAUCAAUACCGAAGAGAAUAAAUUUUGUAGAAAA